CACACUGAAAAUUGUCAGUUAGCAGGGAGCAUGAACUUCUGAUGAGCUUCCCAUCAUUGCUCUGGGACCCCGAGGAGUAAUUGAGCACUUAGUUCCACCCAGAGGCCAUGUGUCAGCUCAGGAGGAGAUGGCAGAGUUGUAAUUGCUGAUCCUAAUAACGUAACAGGGGACACAGUGCACUGGGGACAGCAGUUAGGUUCCUGUGGACAUGCCAGGCUGAGUCACUGUCCACAAGGCAAUUUGCAGCUUGGAUAACAAAGUGGCUGGUGCCCAGAGGGAGAUGAAGUCACUCAGGCCCCUCCUCAUAACCUGGAUUCCUGCUGCUGCCUUGCAGCACAGCUGAGAGCCACCCCCCUGCACCGGGCUGCCUGUGGAGACCUGCUGUGGUGAGGAUGCUGCUGUGACUGGCGGCUCAGGGAGGCAAGGGGAUGGAUGUGCUGUCCUUGGCUGGAAGAUCUAAGAGAGACAGACACUCAGUGAUGUCCAGAGACACCCUGUUUGGGAUCCUCCUCGCCAUUCAGACUGGUACUGGUUUCCUGGGGAACUCCUUGCUGUUUGCUUUAUACAUGCACACCUUCUUCUCUCUGCCCCACAAGAAGAAGCCUGCUGAUGGGAUCCUUGCCCACUUAACUUUGGCUAAUGCCCUGACCCUCCUGUUCAGAGGGGUUCCAAGUAUAAUUAGUUCCUUUGGAAUGAGUCCUGAGCUAGGUGACACUGGGUGUAAACUAGUUCUCUACACUCACAGAGUUACCCGGAGUAUUACUCUGUAUACAACCUCCCUCCAGAGCAUGUUCCAGGCAGUGACCAUUGCUGUACAUGGUCGUAAAUGGGCCUGGCUCAAGAACAACAUCUCUACACUCAUUCAACCCUCCAUAUUUUCCUGCUGGGUCAUCAGCAUGGUCAUCUAUUCUCAGGUUAUCUUAAGAGUUGUGGCCAACAGGAACACCACUGAUGUUACAUCUGGGUAUUAUGGUUUUUUUUGGAAGGUCACUACAUAUGAUCACCAGGGAGCUGUGACAUUUCUCAGUACAGUGCUCAUUCAGGAUGUGCUCUUUCUCUCCCUAAUGACGUGCAGUAGCGUCUACAUGGUGACCGUCCUUUCCAGACACCACAGAGUAGCUCGGCUCGUCCGCAGUAGCGUCCACCCCUCACGAAGCUCUCCUGAGCACAGAGCCACCCACGUCAUCCUCAUCAUGGUUUUCUGUUUCAUUUUCUUUUACUCGACCAACAGCUUUCUUACUGUUUAUCCACACUUAAGAAAUAAGAGGAAUUGGCAACUGCAGUCCAUGAAUAACUUUAUUUCUUCAUGUUACCCAACAAUCUGUCCUUUUGUACUGAUGAAAAAUGAGAACAGAAUUUCCAGAAUGAAUAUCAUGAAUAGAAGGAGCAAAACUUUUAUUCCUUAA